AUGAUCGACUAAAAAAUUAGUUUGAUCUUUUUAACGUUAGAUGGUGUUUGUUUGUUUUUUCAUUUAAAGUGCAUGGGGGAUUUUUCGAAUGUAUUGUGACGCGUUUAGGUAGAUCGUGUGAGCACACCUCGGUAAAUUACUUUCAAAAUCAGCUAGCUCGGUCAGUUUUUAAAUGAUCAAUACUUAGAGAACACUUUAAAAAGCGUGGAUUGGACAAAUUGCUCCGAGGAAGACGCCGUAUUGACGGAGGGAAUAUCUCCGCCCAACACUAAUAAUAAAAUGAACAAUUCUAAUAUCUCACGCAAAGUUAUUAAACAAAAGGAUUCCCCUGCAGUGAAAAGAAAAGGAUCUCAAGAACUAUUGGAAAUCGCUAAAAGAGAAAAAGUAGUCACCUCAGAUACAGACAAGAACCGUGAGAACAGGAUAAACGUAUACCCAAAUAAUCAUGUCGGUCCUGGCCACGUGGAAGUUAAACUAAAGAAAGUAGUAGAUAUGAAAGCCAGAGGAAAUGGUGCGGCAGAAUUGAAAUUCUUAAAUAAAGACCAAGCUAAUUCAUUCAUCCAAAAGAUGAACCAUGAAAAAGGAUACCUCAGUGCAUUCAUUCCAUCCUAUGGAACUAAAAAAAAAGGUCUCAUAAGGGACAUCCCUCUCGAUGUAACGAUGGAUGAAAUUAUCCACAAUUCUGAUUCUGCAGCUAAAAUCAUUAACACAGUAAGGCUUAACAAGAAAUCUUUCGAUCAAACCACUAGAACUGUCAGCUGGUCUCCCAAUGAAACUUUACUUGUAACGUUUGAAGGUGGCACUCUACCAAAUCAUAUCAAAUUAUUUGGCAUUCUCAACAUAUGAAUGCUCAUAUACAUAGAAGGUGUCAAGACAUGCCACAACUGCUGAAGAUAUGGACACACGGCUAGCCAUUGCAGAAGCAUCAGCACAUGCCACGUGUGUGGAGAAAAGUAUCCAGAAAAAUCCCAUAAAUGCACUCAUGGUCAAAAGCUCCACUGGCUUCACUGCAAAGAAGAGGACAGAACUUUUUCUCAGGAAUGCAGUGUAUAUCAAAUUAACGAACUUCUUCAAGAAACGAUGGCAUAUCAAAGCAUUGGAUACUGGGAAGCCAAAGAAUUAAUAGCCAACAGGAAUGCUGAUCGAACACUCUCAAAUCAAUCCAACUUCUCCCAAUAAAUCAGACUGAACAAACCUAAUUUUCCAGCUUUAGAUCCAAUAUCCAAUGAAGCAGAGUACAAAUUAAAAUAAAUAGGCGGACACGCUCGUCAAUCUGUAAACACAGACUACUGAUCAAAAAGAUUGAACUCAGUCGCACAAAUUUUAAUCGCUCCCAAAGCUAAAAGCACAGAAACCACUCAGAUUGACAUCAUCAAGCCCUCAACUUCAAAUAAUAUGACAAACAACACACCACAAAAAACACAAGUUUACCCACGAAAUGUACCAAGCUACUCCAAAAGUAUCAAACUAGUAAACUCUCCAGGAGGAAGAAGUGACAUCAAUCAAAAACAAAUAUAUUUAUCAACAGAUUCAAUUUCAAAAGAUUCUAAAACUCUAAUUGUCAAGCAAUAUAAAGGAUCAUUAAAUAGAAAAAACAACAUUAAACAUGAGUCCAACUAAUAUUUUACUGUGGAACUGCCGUAGCAUCCACGAUAAGAAAAAAGAAUUCACCAAAAUUUGCAACAGCUAUGACAUCAUAAUACUAACCGAAACCUGGCUUAAGGGUGCGCAGGACCCAAAGCCAAACUCCGAGUUGACUUCAGCGACAGUUGCGGAAAAAGUAGGAAACUCCGGGAUAAGGACGGAGAGGGCGAUUCAAAAAUUGCAGGAGAGACGAGGACAGGACGAUUAGGCUAGCAUGAUUUUUUUCCAGGAUAUUGAAGCAAAGAAGCAAUAUUUUCUAAUAAUUCUGGUUUUAAUAUAUUCGUUACACUUUGGCGGAUGCGACU